AUGGGUUCCCCUGCUUUGGCACCAGAUCCAUGUCAAGGGAAAGUUUGCUUUUGUAUUUACAGGGAAACAUUUUUGGUUCCUCAAGAUAUGAUUUUGCUUCCCAAAGUAUAUACUACACUUCCAGUCUGCAUGCUACAUGUUGUUAAUAAUGACACAAUGGAACAAGUGCCAAAGGUGUUCCAAAAGCUGGUGCCUUAUCUUUAUACCAGGAAUAAGAAGGGAUACACAUUUGUGGCUGAAGUAUUUACGGGUGAUACAUAUGUAUCAGCCUCACGAUGGAAACUGCGCCUCAUUGGCUCUUACACUCCACUCCCAUGCCUCUCUCGGGACUCUCCAUACAAUGCUUUCACCAUAAAGGAAAUCAGAGAUCACUACAUACCCAAUGAUAAGAAAAUUUUAUUCAGGUAUUCAGCUAAAGUGGCAGUACCACAACUUGUUACGAUACAAGUACGCACGUCCAAACCAGAUGCUUUCAUCAAGCUGCAGGUCCUAGAAAAUGAAGAAAUUUUGGUGAGCUGCAUUGGAAAAGGCCAAGCUAUAAUCCCAGCAUUCAACUUCUUGAGAAGUGAUAAAACUCUGAGCUCCCAAUCUAGCAAACAAGUUCUUUUAUUUCACGCUGCAUCCAAGAAAGAACAAGAAGUAUAUGUUAAGAAGAAAUCUGCCCUGGGAAGUCAGAAAUCCUAUAAGGGUAAACCUGGAAAUAUAAUACAAGACACUGGUCUGCCUCUUUUGGAGGAGGAAACUACCAGUACACCCACCACAGAAGAAAUUGCUAGUGUGCCACAGCAGAAUUACAAGUAUAUUAUAAAGUGUUUGGUGUUAUAUAACAGUUGGCCUCUCACUGAAAAUCAGCUGACGUUUGUUCAAGCACUAAAAGACUUAGAGAAAAGUGAUACCAAAGCUCAUACUGAGAAACACGAGGAAUCAGUUACCUUGGGAAGCCCAGAUUUCCAUACAAUUAGUGAGGGGCAAAAAUCUUCAGGAACUUCUAAAACAAGGAAAGGCAAAGAAAAAUCUUCUGAGAAGGAAAAGACAGCUAAAGAAAAACAGGCACCUCGCUUUGAGCCUCAGACAUCCAUUAUGCACUCUCAGCAAGAAGACCCAAAUAAACCGUACUGGAUUUUGAGGUUGGUCACUGAACACAGUGAAUCAGAAUUAUUUGAAGUGAGAAAAGAUACAGAACGAGCAGAUGAAAUCCGAGCCAUGAAGCAAGCCUGGGAGACAACUGAGCCAGGAAGAGCAAUCAAGGUUACCUGACUUUGAAAAGCUGUCAUUUUUUUACUUUUCA